AAUGCUGGCCCAUUCCCCCCUCCCUGUUUCAAUGCUAGCUAAGAUGGUGGUUAGAGCGUAAACUGUCUUUACAGAUAGUUAAACAAGAAAAGGGCAAAACAUCUAUCAAGCCUUUUGAAUUGUAACGGAAUAAUAAACCUAGCAUAAUCUAAAUUGUAUAUUUAUACAAACCUGGACAAUUCAGAGAUAUUACACAAUCCCCGCCCAAUUUCGUGUGACUGGAAUCCCUGUAAUACGGACAGGCUGCGACACCUGCUUCCCCUCGCCGUUCCAUAGAAUGUCCCACAGCCCUGACAUGAAGGACGAUCCCAUGGAGUGCCCACUGUGCAUGGAGCCGCUGGAGAUUGAUGACGUGAACUUCUUCCCCUGCACCUGCGGCUACCAGAUCUGCCGCUUUUGCUGGCACCGCAUCCGCACGGACGAGAACGGCCUCUGCCCUGCUUGCAGAAAACCGUACCCAGAAGACCCUGCGGUGUACAAGCCUCUGUCACAAGAGGAGAUCCAGAGGAUAAAGAACGAAAAGAAGCAGAAGCAGAACGAGAAGAAGCAGAAGGUGACGGAGAACCGGAAGCAUCUGGCCAGCGUCAGGGUGGUGCAGAGGAACCUGGUGUUUGUGGUGGGACUCUCUCAGAGGCUGGCAGACCCAGAGGUUCUAAAGAGGCCAGAAUAUUUUGGGAAAUUUGGGAAAAUACACAAGGUGGUAAUAAACAACAGCACGUCAUAUGCAGGUUCACAGGGGCCCAGUGCCAGUGCAUAUGUCACCUACAUUCGCCCGGAAGACGCCCUCCGAGCGAUACAGUGUGUCAACAAUGUGGUGGUUGAUGGCAGAACGCUCAAGGCAUCUUUAGGCACAACGAAAUAUUGCAGCUACUUCUUGAAGAGCAUGCAGUGUCCCAAGGCAGACUGCAUGUAUCUGCAUGAGCUGGGGGACGAGGCAGCCAGCUUCACUAAAGAUGAGAUGCAGGCCGGGAAACACCAAGAGUAUGAGCAGAAACUACUCCAAGACCUCUACAAAAUGAACCCCAGCUUUCUACAGACGCCAACGUGUGCAGGUGACAAGUCAAAAAGCAAAUCUACAAACUCCACACAAAGACCCAACAACGGGAGCGGUAAGGACGGGUGGCCCACGCUAUCGGGGUACGGUGGCAAGCUGGCCAAUGGGCUGUCAGAGGACAGGAAGUCCCCUCCGCUGCUAGACUGCUGCCUAGACCCAGAGGUCAUGACCUCCGAUGGGUUAGGACUUGGCUUAGGACUGGACACGGACCUGGGGAUCGGGUCCGGUCGGGGGGCUGCCUUGUCCCCUUUCUCCUCUAAUUGCGACAGCAACAGUCCCAGCGACAAACCACCGGACCCUGUAAGCAUGGUGAAUGGAGAGGCUCUACAACAGAUGCCUGACGGGGAGUCCCCCUCUCCCCCCCCGGGGCUGACCAAACCCCCCAGCAGUCUGCUGGUCCCCGUCAGCGUAGCGGACCUCGCUGCCCGCUCGCCCUUCGAAGGCGCUGCAGCCGAGUCCCAGUCACUCUUCUCCGACAACAGUAACUUCAGACACCCCAACCCCAUCCCGGUCGGCCUGCCCCCCUUCCCUAGCUCGCCUAGGGGGGGAUCCGAUUGGCCCAUGACCCCUGAACCACAGAGCCUCUUCACGUCAGACACAAUACCAGUGUCGUCCUCCACAGACUGGCAGGCGGCCUUCGGCUUCGGCUCCUCCUCCAAGGCACAGCAGCAGGACGAUGACCUGGGUUUCGACCCCUUCGAUGUGACCCGGAAGGCCCUUGCCGACCUCAUAGAGAAGGAGCAGUCAGUCCAGGACCAACACAGCCCCCUGGGGUCCCCUGGGCCCUUCAGCCUGCACCACGCCGGGCCGCACCACGCCGGGCCGCACCACGCCGGGCCGCACCACGGCCUCCACGUCCAGGCCCCCUCCGGCUCCAACCAUUUCCCCGGCAGCAUUGGACCUCCGCCCCGCCUCGCCCAGCUCCACCACCGGCCCGUUUACAGCUCCUUCAGUUUCCCCGGCAGCCAGAGUCAGAGUGGUAACCACGGCGGAGGUCAGACGGUACAGACGGCAUCGACCCGGCAUCCCUGGAUGGGCCUGCCCCCCUCGGCGCGCAGCAAUAACCACCUCCUCUCCCACCUGAACCACUCGGCCAACGCCGGGGGGCCACACAGCCACUUCCUGGACUUGAGCAUGGGUCCUCAGCACCACAGUACGGGACUGGGAGGGAUCCCCAUAUCAGAAAACAGCAGUUCUAAAGACGGUCUCAAUGUAAAAGAAUGGCAGGACGGUCUGAGAGCCCUCCUCCCGAACAUCAACAUCAACUUUGGCGGUCUUCCCAACUCCUCCUCCUCCUCUUCCUCCUCAUCCUCCUCCAGUGUGAACCACGUGGGGGGGUCCAGCCACAUUGGGGGUCCUGCGGGGCUCAGCAGGCCGGGGGGCCUGUCACAUAGCCUCAGCUGGGAGGGUACGGCUAGUUGGAUGGACCCAGCGAUCAUCACAGGUAGCAUCCCAGCCUCCACAGGCAACAGUUUAGACUGUCUCCAGGAGGACCAGAACCCUCCCCAUUGGCUCAAGUCCCUCCAGGCCCUGACAGAGAUGGAUGGCCCUGCCCUGCCCAGCUGCUCCCUCCCCCAGCAGAACCAGCACCAAUCCCUCCACAGCCACCACCACGGCCUCCUAGACCAGGCCGCCUCGCACCCACACAUCCCCCUCCACCACAGAGCCGGCUCCGGCUGGGCCUCCUACCUGCCCGGCCUGAGCCAGUCCACACAGGCCAACCCCAGCCAGUUCCACAGCCCCCCCCCAGGCUUCCAGACAGCCUUCAGACCCCCAGGCCAGAGUGCUACAGAGCUGCUACAGAGUGCCACCGCCGGUGACCGCCUCUAAAGACAUAUUACAGAUGAAAUCAGUCCACCCCCUGACCUACACCCUAGCCCUUGCCCCAUCGCCACCACGCGACAGAUACAGAUAUACACCGACCUGCCGAUGAUCAGACAAUGAACAUUAUUCCUGAAAUAACAACAAAGCUUUCUUCUUUCUCUUCUCCUUUCUUUUCUUCUCUUUCUUCCUUUUCUAUUCGGAAGGCCUGUUUGGUUGGUUGGUUGGUUGGUUGGUUUGGUUUGUUGUGGCACAUGACAUGAAUUGCCGGGUACACCCGUUAUCCUUCUGCUGCCAACCAAGCACAGUUCUUAGACACCGCCGAGCGCCAGUGGUCAGGAUCCUGUUCAGCAGGGUGCACCGUAGGAAAACCAAUAUUGUGAUGUUUGGCGGAAGGCAAGCUAUUCCUAUCGGACAGAAGUGAAUGUUCAGGUCCAUUUUCCAUCGUUUGGUUCAUAAUGAACACAAGCCAGGUGAAAUGUCUGGGAUCAGACAGGCACUGACUACUGUAGACUUGGCAUGGAUUAUCUUGCCGUGUGCAGAGAAUAGCAGCAGCGCUACUUCUUGUGACACCCAAGUCUGUAACUCCACAUGAUUAGCUUAUGCGAGUAACUUAAGAAAUAAACAAAUGAUUGAGUAAGAACAUUGUACGUCAGCCUAAGUUGGUGUGAAAGAAGUGAAGUAAUAAUUAAAAGUCCUCCUAUGAGAAGGAAGCAGAGAAGUGAAUGGUAAAUCUGCUCCAAGUGCUUUGUCCCAAAGACCCUCAUCCUCCCCGUUUUGAACAGAAGACGGGUUACCCCUCCAGCGGCAAAGAAAUCCCAGAGUUGGAAACUUGCCUGUUAAGUGACACAUUCUCAACGUUUAACGGUUUUAAAGGGGUGAGGUUGAGAACGCUUACUGGCCUGUAGUUUGACUUGGCUUGUUCUAAUUGGUUCCGAUUAGAGGAAAGUAUACAAAUAGACGGUAACCGAUGGACCGAGAUGUUCAGAGGGGGAUCUGAGGACACUGCUUGGCUAUGCAUGCUACGGGUUCCUUCUUAGGCAGGGUCAAAACGCUCGCGUUCCACGUCGACUGUACUGCUGUCGUGCUGCGUUCACACGGCAACCAGAGGUCACCGACUUCGCCGUCGGGAGACAAGACUGUUACUUCAUGUGUGAUCGGCUGAAAUGACUGAUUUGCUGAUACAACAACUGUCCAGAACAUGCCCGGUCCAGGACUUGUUGUGUCACAGGUCAUUAAAUCCCUUUGGGUGUCUGGUUCCUGGCGCCCCGUCCUGCAGAGAGAAGAUGCCGUUGAACCUCUGUAUCAGAGGAAGGGAGCAUUGCCUAACGACCGACUGGCAAACCGACUGGACUACCGGAACAGGUCUUGCGGCUACGCCUCGCGGGUUGGAAGAACAAUUAGGCCUUGCGGUUCCAGGAGAGGCCCGUUAAGUGCCAGUUCUGGGAACACUGAGGAACGUCUGCAGUCGAGGGGACGCCUGGAAAAGAAUCUCUGAAGACAUUUGCGGUGAAGAUAUAGGCUUCUCCGGGGACAUCCCGUGGUGUAAGGCUUGGCCUAAAACCCCCAGUGCCACUGUGUGGUAACUGCAGUAGCUAAACCCUUAUCAGGAUCGAAGAAACACCUGAAGACGACUGGAACAGAAUGAUGAAAAGGCUUUGUGGAUACGCAGCACAGGUUAAGACUAAUCAAGGAUAGCAGUAUUGUAAAAUGUUCUGCCUGGGGCUCUCAACAACGGCUUCCCACUAAUUGAUGGAAUGAGAUUUGAGAUUAUUGGCAAAUGAAAUAGUGUCGCAAUGUUUGGUACAUGCACCUGUAGCGUAAUGAGAAAUAAUGCAACAUAUGGUUGACUGGCAGGAAGGUGCUCCAACAGGACAAAAACGGCGGCUAGCAAUUUAAUCCAAGGAGCUUUCUGCUUUUCUCUGGGCCUUGAUAAUGAAUUACCUCAUCUCUCUGCACAAGCUUCCUUUUCUUGACACCUUGGUCUCCAUCUUUCUCUCCCUACAUCUUUCGCUCUCUCUCUUUCUAAUCUUCUCUGUCCCCUGCUAUUCCCUAUUAAAACAGUAUUCACCAGAAACAUGAACUGAUCCGGGGAGAACCAUCACAGCCAAUCAUACUACUGUGGUUUUAACAUGAUGCUGAGAUAAAAGCUUAUUCAGGAGCUUAAAGGAAUUGAACUGUCCUCUUCAGGUCUGGAAAAACAAACCUUAAAUAAAAAGAAAAACCCAGUGCUUGAA